CUAAUCAUCAGAAACGGCAAAAAUAUCAACAACUCAUCAAUUUGGCACACGUUUCCUUUAAGAUAGAAAACCAAAUAAAGCUGCUUCAAGAUUUUGUUCUUCAAAGCUCCGAGUGCGAGUGGAAAUGGCGACAAUCUCAUCAGUAACACCCACCAUCUCACUCUCACGCUCACACGCAUCAAAGCUCACUUCUUCUUCUUCGUCUUCGACUGUUGCUUUGUCUUCCUCUAGCUCCUUGUUCCUCAGAAGUAACGGGGCGGGGCUCCGGAUGGUUUCGGGUCAGAGAGCUGCUAGGAGUAGUGGUGGCAGAAAGCGGUUUUCUUGCAACUGCUUGUUCGGGCUUGGGGUGCCGGAGCUGGUGGUCAUUGCUGGUGUCGCCGCCCUCGUCUUCGGCCCUAAGAAGCUUCCCGAAGUUGGCCGCAGUAUUGGCAAGACUUUUAAGGGCUUCCAACAGGCAGCAAAGGAAUUCGAAACAGAACUGAAAAAGGAACCUGAUUCUCUAGCUCAGGCCCCUUCCGAGGGAGUCGAAGAAAUAAAUCAACAAGAGAAACGGGACGCUACAGUGUCCAGCACAAAGGAGGACUCGUAAACUGCCACAGCAACUCGUUUGCUACUGCUUCUAGUUUAGGUAAUUCUCGUAUUGCGUGUUAUAAGCAUUAGCUGUGUUGAGAUGCUGUUUUGUUUCGCGUAGUUGUUUCACUUUCUCGGACGAUAAUCAAUUACGUAGACUGCUCAGUCCUAAUCUGGUGUUUUUUGCGGGAAGAAUUAAACUGCACGGAAAUGUAAUCCAACUUUUAUUCUACAGCAGCAGGAUUCAUGCUUCUUCACUGGUGUUGUGUUUAUUUUUCUUAUAUAGAUACUAAAGGGGCUAAUUGAAUUGCCUCUGAAAGUAAUAAUAAUGCUUUGAAUUUCAAGACA